AUGGGAAUUAUUCCCCAAUUCAGGGGCUGGCUAUGCCAGGAGGAAAAAGAAUCUGCAGCGUCAACAUCAGCUGUUCGGGCAUUUUGCAAAGUGUGCAAAAUUGCUCAAGUCGCCAAAAAAUCCGAGCUACAAAAAUACGCCAAGACUCAAAAGCAAAUUCGAAAUGCCAGCCUCCUGUUAACUAUCAAGCAGCCUAAAAUGUCCUCUUUCUUAAGUAAGCGGAGUGAUGUUCAAGUAAAAGAGGCUGAAAUAAAACUUUGUGUAUUUGCUGCUGAGCACAAUAUUCCUUUCAUUGCUUUUGACCAUCUGACUGCACUUCUCAAGAAAAUAUUUACUGACUCGGAAACAGCAAAGAACAUGACCUUAUGUAGCACCAAGGCAACGUGUAUAAUAAGAAAUGUAACUGGAGAGUUUGGUUUGCGUAAAUUAAUUUCAAUUUUAAAAAAUCAAGUCUUUAGUAUUAUUAUUGAUGAGUCAACAACUAUCGAUUCUAAAAAAAACCUUGUUGUUAUUUGUAGAUAUGUUGUUGAUUUACAAAUAAGUGAAAGUUUUUUGGCUUUAAUAGAAGUUCCUGAGGCGAACGCCAGAACACUGUUCGAGAAAAUUAUAGACAUCAUCCCAGACUUGUUUGUGAUGAGAUGCGUUUGCCAUUCUUUUCAUAUUGUGGCCAUACCUGACGAAGUUGAAAUCUGCUGUCGGGAAAUAUACGCCCAUUUCAAUUGUAGUGCAAAACGUCAAAACAUUUUAAAAGAAUUUCAAGAAUUUUGUAAUGUUAAACCACACAAAAUGCUUCAUCCUUCACAAACAAGAUGGUUGUCUCUUCAUGCAGUCAUUAAAAGACUGAUUGAACAAUAUAAUGUAUUGCUUUUGUACUUUGCUGGAACAUAUUUAGAGGACACACUUAAUAAAAAACAGUGUGAAAAGAUUUAUCGAAUAUUGGAAAAACCAUCCACUAUACUAUAUCUAGAUUUUUUGAACUUUUUUUUGCCUUUAUUUAUAAAAUUGAAUAUGGAAAUGCAAUCUGAAGAUAUAAAAAUUCAUAUUUUAUACGAACGGAUAGAACUAACACUGAAAACAAUAGCCGAUUGCGACAGCAUGCUAACGAAAACGGACAAGGAUCGCCGCUCAGACGUAGUUUACAAAAUAAACUGCAAAGGAAAACCGGACGAACCAUGCAAUCUCUGCUACAUUGGCACAACUAAACAACUCCUUCGACAAAGAAUGGCUAACCAUAAAUCAGACAUUCGCCUAAAAAACCCGGAAAAGACAGCACUAGCAUGCCACACCAUCGAAACAGGACAUCAACCAGACUUUGAAGGAGUCCAAAUUCUUGCAACGGAGAAACAUACAUCCAAACGCUAUACAUUAGAAACACUUCACAUAAUAAAUAGCAAAAAUAAUAUGAACCGCAAACAAGACACUCAAAACAUAUCCGCCGUUUACUGCUCCUUAGUUUCAGACACAAACAAUUCAACAGUUUACAUUUAA